AUGGAUGAUUAUUAUGAAAGUCUCUGCAAAUAUGACGAUGAGUCCGUCAAGAAAUACAUGAUUGAAGACUUCGACUUCACAACUUGGUAUGUAUAUAACAAGGAAUCUUCAUUAUGUAAAUUCGCUGUUUCUAUUUUUAUAUUCAAUAAUUUAAUUAAUGAGAAAUUGAUUUUAAAACAUGAACCGUUUGACAUAUGGACGUUUCCAGCCAGCGUAUGGACGUAUGAUGAUUUAAUAUCAAGAUUUGAUUUUUUGAAAUACAGCGUUGGCAAAGCCGUAAUAAUGCUAAAAUAUGAUGUUAUAUAUUUUCACAAUGAUUUCCUUCCCGAAUGGGAGUUGUUUAGUACUGCUGCCAAAUAUAGUAAUAAAGAAGUUUAUAAGGAUCAAUUAUGGACAGCUAAAAAGUAUGGCUGCUUCUUUAAAAUUCUAGAUAUGGAUAAUGAAAAGGUUCUCGGGGACUAUGAAAAGGUGGAAAUUAAAGAACUUCCAUUUGAGGAUUGUGAGGUCGAUUAUUAA